CCGUCCUGAGAUACGCGAUACUACGAUCUACGACUACAACAAAACCUGAGCGGCUGAGGCAAGCCUCUGGUUUCCUCUAGUUCACCGCCCCGAUGGCGACCCGGGCUCUCCAGAUGCUGGGGGAGGCCUCUCCGUGGAACCUAGCAUGUGCGGCGGCGGCCAUGGCGGUGCUGUGGCUGGCCGCCUGGAUUCUUGAGUGGGCAUGGUGGACCCCGCGGCGGCUGGGUCGGGCCCUGGAGGCUCAGGGCCUCAAGGGCACCCGAUACCGUCUGUUCACCGGCGACGUGCCGGAGAACGCCCGGCUCAACAAAGAGGCCCGGUCCAAGCCCCUGCCUCUCGGCUCGCACAACAUCAUCCCUCGCGUGCAGCCCAUGAUCAGCAACGCCAUCAAAGAGAACGGAAAAUUGUCCUUCACUUGGUUUGGCCCCGAACCAAGGGUGACCAUUCUUGACCCAGAAUCAGUUAGAGAAAUUCUGUCCAACAAGUUUGGACACUAUGGCAAACCAAGGAGUAGCCGUUUUGGCAAGCUGCUAGCCAACGGGCUUGUCAAUCAUCAAGGAGAAAAAUGGGCAAAGCACAGGAGAAUCCUAAAUCCUGCCUUUCACCAUGAGAAGAUAAAGAGGAUGUUGCCAGUUUUUUCUGCCUGUAGCGAAGAAAUGAUUACGAGAUGGGAGAAUUCAAUGUCCGCCCAAGGAGUAUCUGAGGUUGACGUCUGGCCUGAGUUCCAGAAUCUGACCGGAGAUGUCAUCUCGAGAACAGCGUUCGGUAGCAGUUUUCAGGAGGGGACGAAAAUAUUCCAGCUGCAAGGGGAGCAAGCUGAACGGCUAAUGCAAGCUUUUCAGACACUUUUUAUCCCAGGCUAUUGGUUCUUACCAACUAAAAACAACAGAAGAAUGAGAGCAAUUGACCGUGAGAUCUGCACCAUUCUGCGAGGAAUUAUUGAGAAAAAAGACAGAGCUAUUAAAAGUGGUGAAGCUAGCAGUGAUGACUUGCUAGGAUUGCUGUUGGAGUCAAAUAGACGGGAAUCCAAUGGGAAAGAAGACCUAGGAAUGAGUACUGAAGACAUAAUUGAGGAAUGCAAGCUAUUUUACUUUGCAGGUAUGGAGACAACAUCAGUAUUGCUCACAUGGACACUAAUUCUGCUAAGCAUGCACCCGGAGUGGCAAGAGCAGGCAAGAAAGGAAGUGUUGCACCACUUUGGAAGAACCACACCAGACUUUGAGAACUUGAGUCGGCUGAAGAUAGUAACGAUGGUUCUAUAUGAGGUUCUUCGAUUGUACCCGCCAGCAAUCUUUGUUACCAGAAGAACAUACAAGGAAAUGGAGCUUGGUGGCAUCACAUAUCCGGCAGGAGUGAACCUUAUGUUGCCCAUUCUCUUUAUCCACCAUGACCCCAAUAUAUGGGGAAAAGAUGCAAGCGAGUUCAAUCCAGAGAGGUUUGCUGAUGGUAUCUCAAAUGCCGUGAAGCAUCCAGCUGCGUUCUUCCCAUUUGGAGGGGGUCCUCGUAUUUGCAUCGGCCAGAACUUUGCACUACUGGAAGCCAAGAUGGCUCUCAGCACCAUCCUCCAGCGCUUCUCCUUCGAGCUAUCGCCGUCCUACACCCAUGCUCCGUACACCGUGUUAACCCUCCACCCACAGCAUGGUGCUCCAAUUGUGCUGAGGAAGAUAUGAUCAUUCUUCUCAUCGGGGAGUGAAUUUGCCCACCUGUUGUGUGCAAUUUUAAAUUGAAGCUUUGAUCUUAAUAAACUAGCACCGGGUUUGCAUGUGUGUUUA